AUCCAAAAAGAAAUUGAACUCACCUUAAAAAUAAUGGAUGUUGUUUUGGAAUUCCAUCAAAUUUAAAGUAGCUUAGUUAGCUCUUACUUACCCGCUCUUAAGUUCAACUAACAGCUGCUUCUUCUUAAACCGUGCCGGCAGAUAUUCACGUGCUUAUUGAAUAUACCGUGCGUCACUCAAUUUAUAAAUUGUCACGUACUCUCAACUCAAGCUUCUUAUAUAAUUCUAAGCUAAAUUGUGUUGUUCAAAAUUGAAUAUAUAUUUAGAAUGGGUUCGGUGUCGGAAACCGUUUGUGUUACCGGGGCCUCAGGUUUCAUAGGAUCAUGGCUUGUUAUGAGACUUAUCGAGCACGGUUACACCGUUCGAGCCACCGUUCGCGAUCCAGAUAACGUGAAGAAGGUGAAGCAUUUGUUGGAACUGCCAGAUGCAAAGAGUAAACUGUCUCUCUGGAAGGCUGAUCUUGCUGAAGAGGGUAGUUUUGAUGAAGCAAUCAAAGGUUGUGUAGGAGUUUUUCAUGUGGCUACACCAAUGGAUUUUGAAUCCAAAGAUCCUGAGAAUGAAGUGAUUAAGCCAACGAUAAAUGGAUUAUUAGACAUAAUGAAAGCAUGUGAGAAAGCAAAAACAGUUAGAAGAUUAGUAUUCACAUCCUCAGCUGGAACAGUAGAUGUUACUGAGAAUCCAAAACCUGUCAUUGAUGAAACCUGUUGGAGUGACGUUGACUUUUGCCGCAGAGUCAACAUGACCGGUUGGAUGUAUUUUGUUUCAAAGACACUGGCAGAGCAAGAAGCAUGGAAGUAUUCAAAAGAACACAACAUAGAUUUUGUUUCCAUCAUUCCACCACUUGUUGUUGGACCCUUUCUUAUGCCUUCAAUGCCACCUAGUUUAAUCACUGCUCUUUCCCUAAUCACAGGAAAUGAGGCACAUUACACAAUCAUAAAGCAAGGGCAAUAUGUCCACUUAGAUGACCUUUGUCUUGCUCAUAUAUUUCUGUUUGAGAAUCCAAAAGCUCAAGGGAGAUACAUUUGUUGUUCACAUGAAGCAACCAUUCAUGAAGUUGCAACACUUAUUAAACAAAAAUAUCCAGAAUUCAAUGUUCCUACAAAGUUCAAGGAUAUUCCAGAUGAAUUAGAAAUUAUUAAGUUUUGUUCAAAGAAGAUCACAGAUUUGGGGUUCAAAUUUAAGUACAGCUUAGAAGACAUGUUCACAGGAGCUGUAGAAACUUGCAGAGAAAAAGGACUUUUACCUAAAGCUGUGGAAAGUGUAGAGACCGAAGUUAAUGACACCAUGAAGAAAUAAAUGUGAUUUUGUGUCUUUUUUUUCGUGCUAUUAAUAAAGGUUUAUGUUUUAUGAAAUGUUAAUCUUAUAUCAUGUUUAUGAAGCCAAGUUGUGUUUUUAUGCAUGUAAUAGAUAUUGCUUGUAAACAUUAAAAUGAUGAUAGAAAAUGUAGAAGUGUUGCUUGCAUAGUA